CCACAAAUUCACUUUCGUUGUUGUCUUCGCUUAACGCUAGCUUCCUUCAGACUCGACCAAUGGCUGCCACCGCGUCUGCCGCCGCUACAUCCUCUUUCAUCGGCACCCGCCUCCCCGAUGUCUACUCAGGCUCCGGAAGAGUCGUCGCCAGGUUCGGUUUCGGAGGCAAAAAAGCUGCUAAGAAAGUCACCAAGUCAAAGGCGCCAACCUCCGAUCGCCCUCUGUGGUACCCGGGAGCCGUAGCACCGGACUGGCUUGACGGAAGCUUGGUCGGUGACUACGGGUUCGACCCUUUCGGGCUGGGGAAACCUGCAGAGUACUUACAAUAUGAUUUGGAUUCAUUGGACCAGAACCUUGCUAAGAACGUGGCCGGUGAUAUCAUCGGGACCAGAACUGAAGUUGCAGACGUAAAGGCGACACCGUUUCAGCCUUACAGCGAAGUCUUCGGUCUCCAGAGGUUCCGCGAAUGCGAGCUGAUACAUGGGAGGUGGGCCAUGUUGGCUACACUCGGUGCCCUCACCGUCGAGUGGCUCACCGGAGUUACCUGGCAAGAUGCCGGCAAGGUAGAGCUGGUUGAGGGAUCAUCUUACCUGGGACAACCGCUUCCGUUCUCGAUAUCAACAUUGAUUUGGAUCGAAGUUUUGGUGAUCGGAUACAUCGAGUUCCAAAGGAACGCGGAGCUCGACCCGGAAAAGAGGCUGUACCCAGGAGGAAAGUUCUUCGACCCACUUGGGCUGGCCGCAGACCCGGAGAAGAAGGCCAUCCUUCAGCUGGCAGAGAUCAAGCAUGCUCGCCUCGCCAUGGUUGCUUUCCUGGGUUUCGCAGUCCAAGCUGCUGCCACCGGCAAAGGUCCUCUCAACAACUGGGCUACCCACUUGAGUGACCCUCUUCACACUACCAUUAUCGACACCUUCACCUCUUAGAUUUUGCUUGCUCUAAUGUAGUCUUUGUAUGUGCCUUCUAUCUAUGUUGUAAAAAUAUUAUAACAUCCCACAAUUUCAGCUAAGAAUGCUAUUAAUUA